AUGUCAACUCAGGCACCGCAAGUCCUGUCUCGGCGGGCAAACGGGGUUCUCCCGGCGCCGCCGAGUCAGACUCAGACAUCGGAAACCACAAAGAAAGCGAAUGAAGGCGACGCCCCUAAGCCCGCCAAAACCAAGUCUCACAAUGAAGGCGAGAAGCUCGUCAUUCGCCGUCUUCCCCCUGGGAUGACGCAGGACGAGUUUGUGACGAUUCUUGGAAACGCCUGGGAAUUGGGCAAGGGAAGAGUUGAUUGGUUUUCUUUUGCUCCUGGCAAGAUUUCCACCGACCCUUCAAAGCCCUCUCGACCAGGUCGCGCUUAUGUCCACGUGAUGAGGAAAGACGACAUCAUGGCUUUAAACGAUACUGUUCGAACUGCAGUCUGGGAAGAUGCUAAAGCUACUUUCACUAACCCAUCGCUGAUUGGACCUCCCUCGGUUGAAUUUGCCAUCUACAAGAAGGUUCCAGGUAACAAGAAGAGAACAGACGCGCGUCAAGGAACCAUUGAUCAGGACCCCGAGUUUAUGGCCUUUUUGGAGGAUCUCGCAAACCCUGCGCCGCCAAAAGAGAACGCCGAAGGCGAAGAAGGCGAUGAUAUUGGAAAAGCAGAAACCAAGGUCACAACUACGCCACUUAUCGAGUACUUAAAGGAGAAGAAGGCAAACAAGGCUAAAGACGGUGCCUCCUCUAAGAACGCCAAGCACGGACAGGGAGAAUCUAAGAGCGGAAAGGGCAAGGGCUCCUCAAAGGACGACGAUUCGGGCAAGAAGAAGGGCAAGGAGUCGAGAGAAUCCAAGGCGGAAAAGACCCCCAAGGAGACAGUCAAGAUCCUGACCAAGAAGGCCUCUACUGAACAGAGCGCGGAAACUUCCAAGGCCACGACUGCGAAGCCGACCAGCGAUAGCGCCGCUCAGGAAUCGGCGCCCAAGAGUCGGCGUGCAGGUAUUUUGGCCGCUGCUAGGAUUCUCCAGCGCGAUCUUGGCCUCAGUCCUGGCAGUGCUCAUAGGAAGGCACGUCAGGAUGCGGCCAAGGCCGAGGCGGAUGCAAAGACGACGACGAAGGAGGCCACACCUCCUGCGACUGCAAGCACCACUACCGAGAGACCGGCUUCACCCGUUAAAUCUACAGAGACACCCCCUCCAGCUGUGAAGGGCCGAGGUGCCUCUGGAGCUGCCUCCAAAUCUCAAUCAUCAGGUCGCAGGACCCGAGGCGGAAAGAACUCUGAGAAGAAGGAAAAGGAGACGGAAAAAGACAAGGACAAUGAAAAGCCGAAGGGUAAGGACAAGGAGGGCGGGCCAAGCCAAUCUCAGGCCACACCGAACCCACCUGUCGUCCUUCUCAAGAAGAAGACUACUGAAGUCGAGCCCCGACGACCAGCAACUCCAACGGGCACAUCGCAGCCAGCACCUGCACAGGCGCAGGCUGCUGGGUCAAAGGCAAACAACGCAUCUGGUGGUUCCAAGGGUGGUUCUAACAAGUCUGGAAACGCACAGAAGAAGCCCCCUACCGUUUCUGCAGACGCUACUCGUGGCUUUGUCAAGCACGCCAACCCCUCACAGGGUGUCACUGAAGCACUUCUCAAGCAAUCGCUCGAAGUGUUUGGUACCAUCACGUUUGUGGAGAUCGAUAAGCGCAAGGGCUUCGCUUAUGUGGACUUUGCCGAGCACGAGGGUCUCGUAAAGGCAGUCACGUCAAGCCCCAUUACCGUUGCGCAGGGUACGGUGCAGGUUCUGGAACGCAAGGACAAGAAGCCGGCGAACACGCCUGCAGCAUCGGGAGCUUCCGGGCCGGCCCCGUCGGAGAAGUCGUCCGGCCGGGGCCGACGCGCACGAGGUGGAGGCAACAAGGUAAAGGAUUCAGGAGCCAGCAAGGAGGGUGGCGGUAGCAGUGGUGCUACUGCUACCACGACAGCAACAAACGGCGGCGGCUGA